GGUGAUCCAGUACUCUAAUCUCUCCUUUAUUAGCUUCGAAUAUCCGUUAUAAUGAUAUGGACGAGCUACUUUCACCACCUUCGUUAAUGACCAUAACAUCACUGUCUGCAUAGAUUGGAUAAACUUCACAGAGCAGGAACAGUUAUACAAAACACUUACUAACGCAAGGCAGUCGUAUAUACAACAGACGUUUGUAAAUCACCCAUGCAGGAAUCUAACGCUCUGAUCAAAUGGAGCCUUCCAGGUUUUCAGAAGGCGCAGUCGAACUUGCCUAUUCUAGAUCCUUUACCGGCUUCAAACGAGCCAUAUCUUCGCUCUUAUAGUUGGGGCAUUUCCGUCGGGGUGACGUUCGAAAGUUAUCUCGACAACUCUGUAGAGAUUUUCUGGAUUGAUUUUACGGGACAGAGAAAAUUGUACAAGACACUUUCGUUAGGCAAAACGUUCGAAGUUUCCACCUAUGUCGGACAUCCGUGGUUGGUCUACAAUACAUCCAACCAAUUAUCCAUGGCCAUUUUCUACCCUGUAGCACGUUAUGCUCAGGUGGCGAUUGACGCCUUUCUUCUACAUAAAAUUGCCG